UGCCCUGUAAUCCCUAAUGAUUCUUCCUAAAAUCCUAUUGAUUUUUCCAUAAUUUACCGUGUAUCUCCCUCCAUCUGUGAAUAGACUAUUAAAGCCAGGGUUUAUUUAUCAUUCUGUCAAGUGUCUCGCGGCCAUUUUAUUAACGUUUGCGCGUUUCUAACCUCCCCCCCCUGUCAGACGACAGACGACAGAAAUCGUCGCCGUAUCCCGUAACCGCUGUUGGGUCCGUCUCUAUAACGAGAUUCGUGGAGUUUUUUGUUGUUUUCGCGCCCCAAAAUGGAGAAUAAGACGCAGAAGCAGGAGCAGGUGCUCCAGAUCGAGCCCCAGAACGAGCUGAAGUUUGUCGGUCCCUUUAAUGAGCCGGUGUCGACCUUCAUUAAACUGACCAACCCGACAGACAAAAAGGUUAUGUUCAAAAUCAAGACCACCGCCCCCAAGAAGUACUGCGUGCGCCCCAACUCGGGUCUGUUGCACCCAGGCGAAACCGCCCAAAUAAGCCUUUGCCUUCAGUCGUUCCUGUACGACCCCUCUGAAAAAAACAAACACAAGUUCAUGGUGCAGAGCGUGUUUGCCCCGGAAUCGGGCGACACCAACCUGGAAACUUUCUGGAAGGAAAUCAGUCCGGAUCAGCUGAUGGACUCGAAACUGAAGUGCGUCUUUGAGGUGCCGCCCAACGACGACUCGUACGAUAACGCGGGGGCGGGUACCGCCGCCACCGUCCACCUGCUGGACUUGAACGAGCAGCACAAGGGGGCGGCCACGGGCGCCGCCGCCGCCGCCGCCUCCCCCGACCACGAUCUGCUCCAGAAGGCGGCCAAGGAGGAGAUCCAGCGACUGAGGGAGGUGGAGAGCGAACUGAGGCAGGAACUGUUGCGUCUCAAGGAGGAGAAGUUCGCGUUGAAGAAUCAGCAGAGCGUCAGCGCCAACAGGUACGCGCCCCCCCAACAGCAGGAGCCCCAAACGGUUUAUUACGUCGCCCUGGCCGUGGUCGUUGGUGUGCUGGGGAUCGUGUUCGGGAAGUUUCUGCUCUGAGUCCCCCACUGUAUAUUAUUAUUAUUAAUGAACACUACUAUUAUUACUAUUACUAUCAUAUAAUAAUAAUAAUAAUUAAAUAUACGCAAAUUUUAUGUGAAA